AUGCUCAACGUCCCCGCCACGAUCUCCUUCUUCAGCAUCGCAGGCUUUAUCGUCGCGGGUGUAGCAAUCAUGGCGUGGAGGACGCGUCGGAAGAGCAAGAUGCAGGCCAUAUUCAGGGCCAAAUCCAGAGCCAAAGCCGAGCCCGAGGCCGACGACGACGAUGAGAGCUACCAUAUCGACGUCGAGCACGAUAGCAGGCAAUACGAAGACAAUGCCGGAGACUCGGGACCGAUGCUCAAUCGCCAAGUGAGGCGUUGGCGGUGGAAGAGGAUCCUAUACCGGGUGGGAUGGAUCCGGAUGUCUUCCGACUUCGAACGGGACGAUGACGGUCACGACCACGACCUGGAGAUGCGAGAUAAGGGCAGACGAGGCGCCGUGGUGGGAGGGGAGGCUGCUGGUUUCGGCAAUGUUGCAGCGAGUGUUCAAUGGAGCACGAGAUCUGAGCCUGGGCCUGAGACCAAAACCGUCGCUGCUGGCGGCGGUGAUGCUGUGAACGAGCUCUGUGUGCCCAGGCCAACGGACGUUCCUUCGUUCGAGAAUCUCGGCGGCUACCGAUACGGCGACUUGGUGUAUGGUCCGGACAACAUGUCGCCACUGCCAGUGCCGGGCUUGCCUCCAGUCCCUGUCCCCGUGUCGGGUCCAGGCUCAAUCUCGCACUACAAUCAAUGUCACGAACACUACCACCAACACUCGUUCUCACAAGCCAUCGCAGAAGUAGAAGGCAUGUCAGAAGUGUCUGGUAUAUCAAAGCCAGCAGGCAAGCGCAACUGCAACGAUCUUUUGCCACUCAGACACGCAUACUCUCUGACCUCGUACAAUGGGUUCCCCUCUUCAAGCCAGGACGACGUUAUGGCCGCGUUGCCCAUUCCGAAGGAUCAUCCUCUGUCUCAGCAUCAUCCAAUUGACCGACAACAUGCUGUUCUGUCAGUUCUAGGAGCGCGCAUGCUAUUCAAUAGAGGCGAGGAAGUCAACCGGAAAGAACAGAAACUAGAUGAAGAGGACCGCAUUCGCCAUACAGAAGGACUCGUAGUGCAGGAGGAAAGCAAUGAGAGCAACCUUCAGGAGGGCAGCGGUCGGGAGAGCAACGUCCAGGAGAGCAACGUCCAGGAGAGCAACGAGAGCAACGUCCAGGAGAGCAACGUCCAGGAGAGCAACGUCCAGGAGCAGCAACGUCCAGGAGAGCAACGUCCAGGAGAGCAACGUUGA